GCCGAGUAUAGCUAUAUUAUUUCCCGCGUAUCAUAAAAACAUUUCCCGCUUCUCACCCCCAAAAAAAACCCUAAAAUUCUUCACCAAUCAAAUGGGAACCAAGCACCAAUCUUCCGACGCCGCCGUCUCCGAUACCAAAAAGCGUCGGAAAGUCGCUUUCUCCAAAUCCGAUGAAGGUGUUCUACCUAACGAAUGCAUCAAAAUCUACUUCGUUUCUAAGGAAGAGGAAUUUGGCUCUCCUGAAAGUUUCCUAAUCGAACCUGUUGAUCUCGCUCCUUUCUUUGAAGAAGAUGGCAAAAUAUAUGGCUAUCAAGGCUUAAAGAUCACUGUCUGGAUUAGCAGCAUAUCAUUUCAAGCAUUUGCUGAUAUAUCUUUUGAGAGCACAUCUGAUGCUGGGAAAGGAAUCACCGAUUUGAAAUCUUCUCUUCAGAAUAUAUUUGCCGAUAAUCUGGUUGAGACAAAAGAUGACUUCCUCAGAACAUUUGCUACAGAGAAUAAUUAUGUUAAAUCUAUGAUCUCAAGUGGAAAAGUAAUUCAACAAAACCUUCUAGCGAAUAGCAAUGAGUUGGUUAGGAAUUUGAAAGCAGAUUCUUCUGAGCUUGAGUUUGUUCGUGUCGAGGGCACAGCUAUGGGUUUGCUAUACUGUAGAUUGGUACCACUUGUUCUUCUUCUUGUUGAUGGUAGCAAUCCCAUUGAUGUUACUGAUCCUGACUGGGAGAUCUAUCUUCUAGCUGAGAAGAAGACUGAUCAGCAGGAUAACCCAGUUAAACUUCUUGGGUUUGCUGCUCUUUAUCGUUUUUUCCAUUACCCUGAUAGCCACAGGUUGAGACUUGGUCAGAUAUUGGUAUUCCCUCCCUACCAACGCAAGGGUUAUGGCGGUUAUCUCCUUCAAGGACUCACAAACAUGGUCGUUUCAGACAACGUGUAUGAUCUCUCAAUUGAAGAGCCACUGGACUCAUUGCAACACGUAAGGGCUUGUAUCGACAUCCCUCGUUUGCUCGCAUUGGAAUCAAUCCAGCCUGCACUAAACUCAACCGUCAGCCGUCUGAAGGAGGAAAACUUAGCCAAAAGAACUCACAUUACCCGCUUCAGCCCACCUCCAGACAUCAUUGAAGAAGUAAGAAAAUGUCUUAAAAUCAACAAGAAACAGUUUCUACAGUGCUGGGAGAUUCUAAUUUACAUAGCUCUUGACCCCAUUGAUAAACAUCUUGAUAACUUCAAGACUCUUGUGUUGGAUCGUAUUAAGGCUGAUGUCAUUGGUAAAGAUACUGGUGCGGGUGGGAAGCGGGUGGUUGAGGUCCCGACAGAAUAUGAUCAAGAUGCAUCUUUUGUGAUGUUUAAAACAACGGUAGAUGGUGAUGAACCAAACGAGAUUGAGAUGAACGAGGAUGAUAAAAUCAAACAAGAGAAGCAGCUACAAAAACUAGUUGAUGAAAGGCUAGAAGCUAUAAAACUGGUUGCACAGAAAGUAUCUGUCAAGAGCUCUUGAAAGUUAGCAUGUUUAGUGCUUAGAGGUAGUAUUUCAUGACGGUUUUCACUUUUCAGUAUAUUUUAUGGUUUUGGACAUACCUACAAAUUUGAGGUGUUUGUAACUUCUAAUGAGCUUGCUAGAUUUUAUAUUAUCUUUAGAAUGGGUUUUACAGCA